AUGAGUCGCAUUUUGGACAUCCCUUGCAAGGUGUGUGGGGACCGCAGCUCCGGGAAGCACUACGGGGUUUACGCCUGCGAUGGCUGCUCGGGAUUUUUCAAGCGGAGCAUCAGGAGAAACAGGACCUAUGUCUGCAAAUCGGGGAACCAGUAUCCGCACGAAGUCAAUGGCACCCCUAUGUAUCUCUACGAGGUGGCCACUGAGUCGGUCUGCGAGUCGGCAGCCAGGCUGCUGUUCAUGAGCAUCAAGUGGGCCAAGAGCGUCCCGGCCUUCUCCACCUUGUCACUGCAAGACCAGCUGAUGCUUUUGGAAGAUGCUUGGAGAGAACUGUUUGUUCUAGGAAUAGCACAAUGGGCCAUUCCAGUUGAUGCUAACACUCUACUGGCUGUAUCUGGCAUGAACGGUGACAAUACAGACUCUCAGAAGCUGAAUAAAAUUAUUUCAGAAAUACAGGCUUUACAGGAGGUCGUGGCUAGAUUUAGACAACUUCGGCUCGAUGCUACUGAAUUUGCCUGUCUCAAAUGCAUUGUCACUUUCAAAGCUGUGCCUACACACAGUGGCUCCGAGCUGAGGAGUUUCCGGAACGCGGCGGCGAUAGCAGCCCUGCAGGAUGAAGCCCAGCUCACUCUCAACAGCUACAUUCAUACCAGGUACCCCACACAGCCCUGCCGUUUUGGAAAACUUCUAUUGCUUUUACCAGCUUUACGUUCCAUUAGUCCAUCUACAAUAGAAGAAGUAUUUUUCAAAAAGACCAUUGGGAAUGUACCGAUUACAAGACUGCUUUCAGAUAUGUACAAAUCCAGUGACAUAUAAAUUACCUUAAAAAGAAACGCAAUCAGGAUGGACAGUUUGAGAAGAACUUUUAUCUAUGGAAAAUAAGCCUCAACUAACAAAUCUACAGGAAGCAUAAGCCUGGGAAUGUUUAGCCUUUAAACUCAUUGACAAAAAAAUACCCCAGUAGAUAUGAUUCUGCUGCUCUGAACAGAGUGAUUUAGAUCAUGGAGAGAAUGCUUUGUUCUACAGAAAAAAAAAAAGUGGUUGGAAUUUGGCUGCUUUUCCUGUUACUACAGGAUGGAGGCAAUUCAGAUGCCAGUCACAGUUAACAAAGACUCUGCUAUUCUCUCAUCUAACUGGCAGAUACGAGACAAAACGUGAAAGAAGGUGCUCUAGUUUGUUCAGUAUUUGCAUCUGGGGGACCAAACUUGGCUCCUGAGGUAACAAGAGGUGGUGGCCUUCAGAACUAUUUUUAAAAGUAGCCUGUGUUGGUAAAGUGUUUUCAGUAUGAUAGGCGGCAUUUAAGACCAGGUUACCAAAACAUUGCUUCUGCUGUAAUACAUCAUGAAGUGGCCUUCAGAACUGAUUGAAAAAGUAGCUUAUGACGGCAGUGCCAUUCUUCCUGUAAAAUGAGCUGGUGAUUUUUGGUGCAGACAUCACCAUAAUUUGUUUGGUUAACAUCUCAGAGACAGAAGAGCUUUAUACACCUCCUCUCCCCAUCUUCCCUCCAUCUUCAUCCUCCCACACACUCAUCCACCUCCCCGAAAAGAGUACACGUCAAGAAAGCAAGACUAAAACAGCAAAACCAAAUAAAAUGGAGAUGACCGCUUCAGUGACCUGCUCGCUGUCCCGUUGACAUAGUGCUGAAACCAAAGGCAACGGUGGCCAAACUCUUUGUCAAUGAGAUGUGCAAAAAAAAAAAAAAAGUAAAAAAAAAAAAAGUGAAAUGACUCUAUAUAAAUAAAAAGGAAGGAAUUUUAUUUCGAAGAAACAAAGGUGGCUGACUGAUACAACGCUAACAAUUUCCAAACGUCUCCAAUGCCUUUUUAGCAAACUCCAGGUUCUAAUUUUGAAGCCUUGUUCACCUACAUCCUCUCACACACAAAAACGUUAUAAGCUGCUUACUUGAUGUAUGAAAAAAUGUAGAAAAAAAAACAUUUAAAGAUAGCUGCUGUACUUUUCAAAUUUUGAUUUGUUAUUAGAAACUAGCACUGAGAAAAAUCAGCACUUGGACUAUCAUAGAAUGAGUAAAACUUUUCCUGUACAAAGUGGAUUAACUGAUUUGUGAAGUUAAAAAGUUGUACUCAUUGUAUUUACAAAGAAUAAAAAUAUAUUGAAUUUAAAUUAUUCCCAACUGCUCUUUUAACACUUCUAUUUCUGGAUUAGUUUCUUCCAGCGUACU